GCCAAAAUGCCCAAAGCAGAGGUCGGCUCGACGAAAUACAUCGCCAACCGCAUGAAGUCCAAGGGGCUUCAGCGGUUGCGAUGGUAUUGCCAGGUGUGCGAAAAGCAAUGCAGAGAUGCUAACGGCUAUAAAAUGCACACUCAGUCCGAGAGCCAUGUUCGACAAAUGCUCAUCGUCGGCGAGGAUGCGAAGAAGUACAUCAGCGACUACAGCAAUCAGUUCCAGCGCGACUUUCUCCUGCUCCUCAGAACCGGCCAUGGCGAGAAGCAGGUCCACAUCAACCACUUCUACCAGGAAUACAUCGCCAACAAGGAGCACAUCCACAUGAACGCGACGAAAUGGUCCUCCCUGACAGAAUUCGCCAAACACUUGGGUCGCGAGGGAAUCUGCCGGGUUGAGGAGAACGAGAAGGGUGUACACAUCUCUUGGAUCGACAAGUCCCCCGAGUCUCUGCGACGACAGGAAGCUCUGAGGCGAAAGGAGGCGCAGGAUCAAGGCAACGAGGAGGUCGAGCAGCGCAUGAUCCGCGAACAGAUUAAGCGCGCGCAAGCGGCCGCCGGAACCCGAGACGAAAACAAGGAGGAGGAUUCCGAGGCUCGUGAGCUGAAGCGACAAGAGGGCGAGAAGAUUACGCUGUCUUUCGGCCCCAAGCCUGCCGCACCUGCGACAACUUCUACCGAGAGCCCCGCGCCCGACACGACCGCGACGGAAGGAGAAACGCCAGAAGCAUCGAAAGCGACUACGGAUAAGGGCAAGGAGGCUGAGCCAGCACCUGCAAAGCCCAGCGGCUUCGGGGGCAUCUCGAUGAAACUCGGUGGCAAACCUCAAGCCAAGAACGUAUUUGCCCAGGCCAAAAAGAAUGCCCUCUCGUCCGGUUCGAAGAAGCCCGCCAAGAUAGAGCAGCCCAAGAAGAUGAGCGAGGCAGAGCGCAUUAUGAAGGAGGAGAUGGAAAAAAAGCGGUCCAGGGAAUCGGCGGGCUUCAGUUUCGGCAUGGGCUCUGGAAAGAAGCAGAGAAACAACUAG